AUGAGGCUCUAUCUCCCGGGCGUGGUCAAGAUGCGCUUCUGUUGGGCCCUCCUGUGUAGGAGAGACAAGAAAAAGCAAACAAGGAGGGAGGGAGGGAGGGAGUGCAUCAUUGCCAACCAAAUGGUUUGUUUGUUGUGUUUAGGUUCCUCUCUUCGAAACUUGCGGCAUUUUCCGGCUGUGAUGCGAGAUCCAGGGCACUUGCACAUGCCGACGAUGACGCCCCGCUUGGUGCUCCUGCUGGCUGCAUGUUUAGUGGCAUGCACGUGCGUGUCGGGUCAGAAGGUGAGCGUGACGGAAGUGUCGGUGGACAGCGCUGUGGAGGACAUCAAGUGGGGCGGUGCGGAUCACAGCGUGGUGCUUCUCAAGACGAUCAAGGGACGGCUGUACCGCAGCACCGACUCGGGCAAGCAAUGGUACGACAUUACCAACAGCCUCGUCCUGUCCGAGACAGAGCCUGGUGCGCCAGCCACGGCCAUCACCGUCGACAGCAUGCUAAUCAACCCCGUCGACAAGAACAUUGUGCUCGUCGUCGGCACCAAACACAGCCACUUCAUCUCCAACGACGCGGGACGCACCUGGAGGAGACUCAAGCAGCGGGUGCCGAUCCACUCGUGGCAGUUCCACCCCACCCAGCCGCACUGGGCGCUGCUGAGCGCGUGGAGUGACCAGUGCCACACGGCGAGCGAGCCGGCCAAGACGGCUGCCGGAGGUGCGGUGACGGACAAGGCGUGCAACCACAUGCUGUAUGUGACCAAGGAUCUGGGUGUGUACUUCCACCUCGUGUCGAGCUACGUGGUUCAGUUCUCGUAGGGCGACGUCAAGCACAACCAGCAGAACUGGAUCUACUUCACCCACCACCGCACCAAGGAGGGCGGUCAGCCCAAGUACGGCGGCUAGACGAAGAACGUCGACUUCGCCGUCACCGAGGACUUCGGCCGCUCCCACCGGGUCCUCAUCCACCAUACCAACAAGUUCCUCAUCUCUAAUGGGUACACCUUUGUGACCAAGUCGGAGGACGAGGCCAAGCAGACGGUCGCUCUGAUGGUCUCAACCGACGGCGGCAAGACCUUCGAGAAGGCCAAGCUGCCCUUCGAGCUGUCCGAGAAGUCCUACACGGUCCUGGACACAUCUGAGGGGGCCGUGAUGCUGCACGUCAACCACGGCGACGAGGGCCGCUCGGGCAGCGGCGACGUGUACAUCUCUGACCACAAGGGCCUCAGGUACUCCCUCUCUCUCCCCAGCAACGUCCGCACCACCACAGGCGAGACCGAAUUCGACCGCGUUCUCUCACUCGAGGGCGUGUAUCUGGCCAAUUUCAAGGACGACCCAGAGGCCGAGGGCGCGCUGUUUACUGCGGCGGUCGAGAAGAAGACCGAGGACAAGGCGGCCGAGCAUCAGGAGGAGGAGGUCAGCCAGACGGCGGUCUACUAG